CCCCACAGCCCCUCCCCUCCCUGCGUCUCCCACUCCGCGGAGCGAGCGAGGGUUGGGUGAGUAUCGAUCUGUGCGGACCGCAUGGAAGAGGGAAUCUGGGAGUGAGGCUCGGUCCGUUAGGUGGGAGCAGAGAGAGGCAGAAUACUGGGCUCGACGCCUCCACCGGGAUUCGAACCUACACUACCACAACCACCAGCACCACCAGCACCACCACCACCAUGUCUCCAAUCGAGGAGGCUGCCAAACUGACGGAGAACGCCUAUAAGACGAUCAUGGAGCAAUACAAUCCGUGCUUGAGAAAUUUCGUGGCCAUGGGCAAGUGCUACGAGAAGGCCCUGUCAGGAGUCACCCACGCUGCCAAGGGAUACUUCGACGCACUGGUCAAGCUGGGAGAGAUCGCGAGCGAGAGCCAGGCGUCCAGGGAGCUCGGUGAUACAGUCUUCCAGAUGGCCGAGGUUCACCGGCAGAUUCAGAUCCAGAUGGAGGAAGCGAUCAAAUCUCUGCACAUGGAGCUGCUGUCACAGCUGGAGCAGAAGUUGGAUCAGGAUGUCAAGUACGUGAGUCUGACGCUCAAGCGGUUCCAGGUGGAGCACCGCGCGCACUCCGACGGCGUGGAGAAGGUGAGGGCCGAACUGAAGCGCGUGAGCAAGAAGAGCAGCAAGAACCCGGGAAAGUAUCGAGAAAGGGAGUCAAAGGUGCUGAGCCACAUGCAGAUGCGCCAUGGGGAGCUGCAGCAGUUCGUGAGCGACGGCUACCGCAACGCGCUGGUGGAGGAGCGCCGUCGCUACUGCUUCCUCGUGGACCGCCAGUGCGCCGUCACGCAGGUGUUCGCCCAGUAUCACGGCAAGUCCAAGGAGCUGAUGACCCACAAGAUGGCCUCGUGGCAGACCUGCUGCCUGAGCGCCUCCACGCUGCCCCCCCGCGUCUCCGUGCUGAUGCAGAAGCUGGAGGGCCCUCCGGCCGACGGCCCCGGGGAGACGGACGACCCCCGCGCGGCCUCCUCGUCCGCGACGAGUCCGGGGGGGUGGCGGUGGGGAGGCCCCCCCGCCGGGGCCACCGCCCCCGUUCAUCUCGGCCCCCGUGCCCAUCGAGGCGGCGCUGCCCGUGCCGCCAGAGUUGGCGCCCUUCGUCACUGGCGCGCGGAGGCCCGAGCCGCGGCCCGCGAUGCGCCGCGAGCUCCCGGCGGUGCCCAACGGCGGCAUCCCGGCGGCCGUGACGGCGCACGCCAGGGGGGGCUCCAUCGGGGGGGGCUCCCUCGGGGGGGGCUCGAGCAGCGGCUCCGCCGGCUCCGUCGAGGAGGAGGUGGGGGUCCCGGGCAGGGGCCGCGCCGGGACCGGGGACCGGCGGGCACCUCCGAGGGCGACGACCAAUCAGGGGGGGCCCCAGCAGCAGGGGCCCGACCUGCAGUACCGCACGCUGCCCGCCAAGCGCACGCCCACCGGCAGCAUCGGCAGCGCCGCCGGCGGCGGCGGCGGCGGCGUCGGCAGAACAGGCGAGAGCGGGCAAAGUGCCUCUCCUCCGUCGCCCAUCCUGUCCCUAAUCUCCGUCGCUCAUUCCCUCGCUCUUCUCUGCUGCGUGCGAUCCCCUCCGACCGGUUGCUUCGUGCGGUGUGUGGGGGGUCGGUGGACCGCGCAGGGAGCGCCGUGGCGGCCGGCGGGCCACAGCUGGCACGGUCCAGCUCGGCGUCGGCGGGCCUGGACUCAGUGGGGGACGGCGGCGGCGGCGGCGGCGGCGGCGCCGUGGGGAUGCAGGUGGAGGCUCUGUUCCAGCACGUGGCCGGCGCGCAGGAGGGCACGCUGCUGAGCUUCGACGUGGGCGACGUGAUCACGAUGCUGGCGCCGCAGCCGCAGGACGGCUGGCAGUACGGGGAGAACGUGCACACGGGCAGGCGCGGCUGGUUCCCCGUGACGUACACGCGCCCGCUGGAUGCGGAUGACGACGCCCACUCCAGCCACGGGGAGCCUGACACCCUGAGCAGCGCCGGCAGCUACCACGAGGGCGGGGAGCUUCCUCUGCCCUCCACCGAUUACUUUGCCGCCUCGCCCUACGACCCGGAAUCCAAGGAGGAGGAUUCAAGCGACUCUGCCUUGAGGGAAAAUCCUUUCUACAGCAUUCAUCUCAAAGCAACGGUCACGAAUGAUCGUUCAGCACCACACAUGUGACCGGGUGGCCGGCUGCGUUUCCUACGAACACAACAAGACUAGUACACACAGCCAUGUGCAUCGUUUAAACACACAAAGACAAAGAUCCCCCGGUUAGCCUUGACAGACUGUUGGGGCAAGUACCGUUCGCGUGAAUACACAAAGAUCCUCCGUAUAGCCUUAACAUACUGUUGAGCCAAGUGCCGUUAGC